AUGUUCUAUUCGGAGACCUUGCUGUCCAAGACCGGGCCUCUGGCCCGUGUCUGGCUGUCCGCCAACCUCGAGCGCAAACUAUCGAAAUCGCACAUCUUGCAGUCAGACAUCGAGAGCAGCGUUAGUGCUAUCGUAGAUCAGGGACAGGCGCCCAUGGCUCUGCGACUGAGUGGUCAGCUACUACUCGGUGUAGUUCGGAUCUACAGCAGGAAGGCGCGCUACUUACUCGAUGAUUGCAAUGAAGCUUUGAUGAAAAUUAAGAUGGCAUUCCGUCUCACGAACAACAAUGAUCUGACGACUAGUGCUGUAGUCGCCCCUGGUGGAAUCACUCUCCCGGACGUUCUGACUGAAUCCGACCUGUUCAUGAAUCUUGAUUCAUCACUACUCUUACCGCAACCUCUUUCACUAGAACCAGAGGGAAAGCGACCGGGACCGUCAAUGGAUUUCGGGAGCCAACUAUUUCCCGACACUGGACUGCGACGCUCUGCUUCUCAGGAACCUGCACGUUUAGAGGAUCCUGGCGAUCUUGAUCUUGAUCUUGGACUUGAUGAGACAGAUCUGACUUUGCCCCAUGAUUUCAGCAUGGAAGUGGGACGAGAUGCCCCCGCACCCCGCCCUAUGGAAGAAGACAACUUUAGUGAUGCCGGCAAGCUUCUUGAUACUGAUGCCGGCGAUCUAGGGCUGGACUUCGGUGAUAAUGAUGCUCCGGCCGGGAAGAUGGACUUGGGAGCGGAUGAUUUGCAGGACGAUUUCUUGCAUCCGGAUGAACCAAUGGGUUUCGGCGAUGACACUGUGGUUGCGGAUGGCGGGGAUGAACGAUUUGAGCGCGAGAGUACUCUCACCGAAGCUUCCGAUGACAUGAUGGAACGUUUAAACCCAGAACAUGAUAGUGGCUUCCAGCCUCAUGAGGGUGAUGAGGCGGAUGAUGCAGUCAUUCAGCAUGCGCAACGCGCCAAGCGGAGAAAGCAACUUCCUAUAAUUGAGGCCGACGAGGAGAUUGAGUUCAAAGGCAGCACCUACUUCAAAAUUCAGCAAUCGCAGCUCUCUGAAAGCCUGAAGCCUGCAUCUUUCUUGCCCCGCGAUCCUGUUCUUCUAACCCUCAUGAACAUGCAACAGAAUGGCGAUUUUGUCACCAAUGUUAUGGGCGGUGGCCGCGGUCGCGGCUGGGCUCCUGAGAUUCGUGAUUUGCUCUCUUUUGAAACUGUCAGGAAGGCUGGCGAACUUAAACGCAAGCGCGACAGCGGAAUCUCGGAUAUGGACGUCGAUGUUGCAACUGGCCCAGCUCUGGAACUUGAAGAGGAAGCGAUCGUUCCAGUGGAUGAGGGAGUUGGUCUUGAGUCAACCCUACACCAGCGCUCUGAGAUCGACUUUCCUGGCGAUGACCGUGACCAGCUCCACCUUAGUGAUGACGAAGGUCUCCAGCAGCCAUUAGACGAUUUUGAUGACACUAUUGAGCCCAUCGACAGCAACCUAGUGUCAGUUGGCACAAAACGCGCGGUGCACGUCCUGCGUGACUGCCUUGGUGAUGCGGACCAGAAGAAGGCCGUCAAAUUCCAAGACCUCCUUCCUGAGAAGAAGGCUUCCAAGGCUGAUGCGACGAAGAUGUUCUUCGAAACUUUGGUUCUGGCCACCAAGGAUGCCGUUCAAGUUGAGCAACGCUCGAACAUUGUCGGCGGACCGAUCAGAAUACGCGGCAAAAGUUCACUGUGGGGCUCGUGGGCCGAAGAGGAUGCCAAUGGUGAAGGCAUCAAUCCAUCGACUCAGGUCGCGGCUUAG